CAUACCGGCCACAACCUGCACACCUGCAGAGCCAGUCAGAUCAGGCAUUCAGCAGCUCGUGUUUGUGUUUGGUGCAGAAGCCCAUGCGCACACGGUCCAUCUCCAUGACAACGAUACAACGCGAGAGGACAGACACACCGCCGCCGGACACUAAUGAGUGUAAAAACACGGUAAACGCGGUAAAUACAGUAGCUGGUCAUCAUGUCGAGUUCACAGGCUGAAGGAGUGAUAAGAAACAUAAUCCGAGAAAUCUCGCAGACGUGUUUGAGCAGAGGACAAACUCUGAGUGAGACUCUCAUCGCGUUCAUGGUGAAAGCUGUAGUUCUGGACCCCACCAAUCAUUUCAACGUGGACAGAACUCUUACAAAGCAAGAUGUGCAGAAACUUAUUGAGCUGUGUGUGGACAGACUCAUGGACCAGACCAGUCCAACUCUCCAAACCAUUAAGAUGCAGGUUUACUUCGACAUGAACUACACUCCUCGACGGGAGUUUCUGGAGAUGCAGCAGAAGCUCCUUCAGUCUCGUCUGCAGUCGCUGAGCAGAGAAAUCACUGACAGCAGAGCAAAGAGCAGAGAAGAUCUGAAGAAGCUGUACGGCACCAUAGUCCACUACAUCAUCCAGAGCUCCAACCUGAGCUCCAGCACAGACAUCAACACCGUGAGAGAGACCACAGCGGCUCUGCAGAGCAUCUUUCCCCCGUCUCAGCUGGGAAGCUUCAUGUCUCUGCUGAAAUCAGACAAAGAGCAGCAGCUGAAGGAAAACUCUCUAAUCGUCAGUGGCAUUCGGCUCUUCAACAAGGACAACGGUGAAGGAGGAGAGGCCAUCCAGAGCCUGCCGUCUAUCCUGAACGAGAAGCUGCCGGGCGUCGUCUCAGAUCUGGAGCGUGAACUGGCGUCCUGCGAGCGUUUGUGCUGGCAGUACACCGGCCUGCUGGAGCUGAUCUCUGAGCGGGACACAGCACACAGCCAGAGCCCCGUCCCGCCCCGGCUGCUCACACAGGCUCUGUACAACACACGGCAGCAUGAGGCCUUCCUCAGACUCACACUGGCGGACGUCAUCCUGUGUGCACAGGAAGUGACACGUUUACAGUCGGAUCUGAUGAGUCGAAUGACACUCCUGAGAGACGCCAUUCACACCAAAACUACAGUGCCAACAACACACGUGUUUCCUCAUUUCAGUGCAGUGGGCCGGCUGUGGGCGGGGCUAGAGCAGGAGAUGCUGCUACUGAGCAUGCUCACUAAUGUGGCGUCUGGACUGAGAGUCUUCCUGACAGCAGAGUCUCUGCUGACCCCAGAUCAGAUGGAGCUCCCGGUGCGCACUGAUGCUGACAGAUGCUCUGGGACAGCAGAGGAGCGUGUGCUGGUGUCAGAGACGAGCUCGUGUGAAUGCUGUUUUCCUGAAAGCACUGCAGACUUCCAGCAUCUGCCGCUGCAGUAUAACGGCUUCUGCGGAGUCGCUCUGGUGGACAGAAAUGGCCUUUUACUGCCAGGUAACACAAGCAUCGGCGUGCUGAAGCACAAGGAGAAAUAUUACGCGUUCAGCAGCAGGAGCGCAGCAUACGAGUUCUCCUGUCGAGCAGAUGAAUACACAGCAGCGGUGCUGGAGACGGCCAGCAGAACACCUGAACUCAUCCAGCUGCUGCAGCUGCAGCAGCACUUCACCAGCAGCACUGCAUACUCUCAGCUGCCAGCGGGACACCAGAGUCUGACAGCAGGGAAACUGCUGCUGAAAAGCAUCUCUAAAAGUGACGCCGGUGUUCAGACGGAGAUCCACCCUCUGCAGAGCAACAUCUGCACCUCCUAUGAGUGGAACGAGUGGGAGAUGAGAAGAAAAGCCAUUAAACUGGCUAAUCUGCACAGUAAAGUGACCCGAUCAUCUCAGAGUGAUUGGAGUUUGAUGCGGAGACACAACAGCUCUCAGACGUUCCUCCCUAAAGACGCCAGCUGCCAGACAAAGCGAGACGGAGAGAGUCUCGUCCCCAAAGCACAGGUGUAUCUGUCUAGCCUGAGAGGAGCCGCUGGAUUUAGAAAGGUGGAUUUAAGCAGAGCAGUUGAUGAAUGAGAAGCUUCGGUGUCUGCCUGAGUAAAAGCUCCGCUCUUCGUAGGAUAGUUAGAGGAAGGUUGCUAAUCAUUGACAUCCACUGUAAUUUGUUAAAUAACAAAGUUCCAGUGAAAUUAAAAUAAAGUGUUUUAGAUGUUA